GAUUGUCAUGCGAUUGUCAUGUUAAUUCAGUCACUGAAACUUGUCUUGUUGAAACCAGAUGUCUUACAGCGCUUCUGCAGGAGAAUUCACUGUUCAGGACAAUGCAACGCAGUCUUCGACUGCCGGUUCUUCCUUGCAAAUGGCAAUGUCCGAUCCUCAUCGAACUGAGAAAGAAGGCAGCGACUCUUCUGAAGAUGAAUCUCCUGAAAUCAGUCAGAAACAAAUGGUCGUCACUGCAAAGUACAUUUCAUCGCUUGAUCCAGAGCUUGUCAAUCGCAAGGUUUGUGAGCUUGUCCGAUUCGCACUGUUUAUGGAAAGUAGUCGAACUCCCAUCAGACGAAAAGAUAUCAUCACAAAAGUUCUCAAGGAGUAUUCAAAGGGAUUUCCUAUAUUUGUUCAGCGAGCUAGAGAGAUGCUGCAGCAUCUGUUUGGAAUGGACAUGGUAGUACUUCCUACCAAACGAUUCCGUCGUAAUCGCAAACCUGGUCCCACUGCAUCUCAAGGCUCAUCCACUACAAAUUCAUGGAUGCUUAAAUCCAUUUUAACAGAGAAACAGCGAACUACUGCCUUGACAAUAAGAUCUUUAGAUGCACAGCACAUGACACUACUCACUAUUAUUUUGGCCUUCAUUCAUGCAAACUCACGGUCGAUGCGUGAAGGCACGCUUUAUAUGCAUCUCAAAGAACUUGGAAUUGACCGGAAUACGACACACCCUGUGUUUGGCAGCAUCGAGGCCGAGCUUAAACAAUAUACUAAACUAGGUUAUCUUGAAACCUCUAAAAUUCGUACUGGUGAGGGCGAAACCAACAACUAUAUUUGGGGUUCACGAGCUAUUGUCGAGUUUUCAGAAUCAAUGAUAGUUCGAUUCAUCACAGAGAUGUAUCCCCGCUUGGAUGAUGCUGGUCGUCGUAGACUUGCAAUUGACGUGGAAAGAAAUGCUGGCAGUGUAUAAUCUAGCUACUGAUUAAUGAACUAAUGAUUUACAUGCUGCAUGACUGUAUUUUUAUCCAGAAACCCAUUGUUUUUAUAAACAUCAUUUUCAAAUGCAUGUCAUAAGAUAAAACCGUGUUCAAAUCCAUAUUCUAUAUAAUUGAAACCGUUUAUUUCAAGA